AUGUAUCCUGACAUCGAAAUUAUGAAAACGUUUCACAAAGGUAGUGAUUUAGUCGAUCGAUUAUUUUACGUGGAAUGUUUUCAAAAAAAAGAAAUGAUGGGUGAAGUGUAUAUUGCGUUUGCAAAGCUACCUACUGCUGGAGAAAAAUUUCUAUACACAUAUAAUCUACUUAAAAAAUAUAAGAAACUACCUACGGAGUGUAAAAUGACAAAUCAUAAAAAUAACAAAAAAGCUCGAAAGAUCAGAGCCGAUGCAAAUAUAAAAUUUCAAAACUCAAAGUUUCACUCCGCUUUAUUUGAGUACAAUAAAAGUGUUAUGACUGCAAAAAUCGACACUGAAGACUAUGCAUUGGCUUUGGCAAAUCGUUCAGCUGCUCUCUAUCAUUUAGAAGAAUAUGAUGCCUGUAUCCAAGACAUUCACCGUGCUUUAACACAUAACUAUCCAAUCGAACUGUCCUAUAAGUUAUAUGAAAGAGAAGUGAAAUGCCUAAAAUAUAUGGGGAAAAUAUCAGAAGCCAAAUUAAAGUUUAAAGAAUUUUCAUCUUCUUUAUCUCUAGCCUUUAUUUCCAAAGAAAAGAAAAAAGACAUUGAAAUGCAAAUUGAAAGAUUUUUAAAGGAAACCAAUAAAAAAGAAACAAAUAAUGAACAAGAUAAACUCAAUGUAAUCAAACUAUUUGGAGGUCCAAAUAAAAAUAUCCCAGCGUUGUCCAAAUUUGUCAAAAUGAAGUAUUCAGAAUCGAUGGGUAGAUGUUUGGUUGUUUCGUCCGAUAUUAAUCCUGGAGACGUUCUUGCUAUUGAAAAACCUUAUGUAGGAGUACUAAGACGUGAAUCCUAUGGAUUUAACUGUCAAAACUGUUUUAAACGUUGUUUAAAUGGCAUACCUUGUCUCAAAUGUACUUUGGCAAUUUACUGUGAUGAAACUUGUAGAAUAAAAUCUUACAAGAGUGGCCAUAAAUAUGAAUGCUUAUUGUUUUCAACAUUUAACUAUUGGCCUGGUAUGGAUCACAUGGAACAUCUUUCACUUAACAUAUUCUUAAAAUCAGUUUGUGAGUUAGGAUUAGACAAGUAUGUUGCUUCUGUAUGUGCUUUGAAUGCUGAUACUACUGAUCCAAUGAUGCGAGGCUUUAAUAAUAUUGGAAAAUAUUUAUCUGACCAAUUUUGUUCUGUAUAUACGUUGGAGGGAAAUGAAACUAAAAGAUCAGUAAGCGAUUUAUUUUCAAGACAUUGCCAUGCUGCAGUUAUGGUUUCAAUUAUGAUAUUAGCGGGCCUACAAAUACCUAAUCAUCAAUUGGGUACUGUUGGUGAAUCAUUAGUUCAUAUAAUAUGUGCAGUUUCCUCUAAUGCUCAUGGUAUAACACAACCCUCGGAUUGUGAGACCCACCUUGAUGACAGAUUUAUACCAGUUGCUUCUUUGUUAAUGCCAGUGCUGAGCUUGUUGAACCAUCAUUGUGAUCCAAAUGUAGUAAGACACAACUACAAUGGAACUAUAGUCCUCACAGCUAUUCAACCUAUUUUCAAAGACUCACAGCUUUUCGAUAACUAUGGAUUAUUGUAUGCUACACAUCCAAAAGAAUCUAGACUUCAAAUACUUAAAAACCAAUAUUGUUUUUCUUGUGAGUGUUCGUCUUGUGAGGAUAAUUGGCCAUUGUAUGAUGUAUUAGCUGAUCAGCCACCAUCAGACUGUAAAAUAUUAACUGACGUCAGUUUGGACUUGUUACAAAAAUCAUCAAUUAGGUUAUAUCAAAUAAUUGACAAAAUUAAAUCGAAUGAAUGUGAUGGUCUCCAAUACAUUCAGUUCUUAUACUCUCAUUUGAAACUUCUUCACUAUAAUAUAAGAAGACCCUGGGGAGAGUACUGCGACUGCCAGGAAACCAUCAAAGAAAUUCUCUAUAGCACAGCCAAUAAGUUUAUUAUUGAAGAUUAUUAA